UGAGUGAGGGUCUCCCUUCGGGGGUCUUUCAAGGGCGCGCCCUCGAACCCCAGCACGUCCGGAAGGCAGAUGCAACGCAGCAGCCCACAGCCACUGACAGGCCCUGAUCCCACAUAGCCCUCCUUGCUGAGGCCUCCGCUUCCUGGCGGCGCGGUAGCGGCGGGCGACCCGAUUGGUGGUCAGGCCUGCGCCCGGCACCGCCGGGCGGUCCUCCGCGCCAUCCCCAGCCGGGCCCUCCCCUUUCCGCGGGAGGCGUCCGGGACAGCGGGUUGGUGGCGCGCAGUUCCCCUUGACUGUGCGCGCCCACGUCUGGGCUCCUUUGCAGAGGACUCGGUAGCUGCAGCUCCCGGAGCACAGCAGACAGAGCUGCAGGCUGCGUGCGCCCCUGCUGCCACCGGACCUGCCGCGGUGGCUCCCGCGCCCCGCUGCGACUUCCGCACCCGCGCUUAUCUUUGCUUAAGUCCCCGAGCGGCGGCGGGGUCGGAGCCCGCGCCUUGGGCGACUGAGGCGGCCGCAGUUCGCGUCCCGGCGCCCUGGCGAUGCCGGACCAGAUCUCCGUGUCGGAAUUCGUGGCCGAGACCCUUGAGGACUACAAGGCGCCCACGGCCUCUAGCUUCACCAUGCGCACGGCCCAGUGCCGGGACACCGUGGCGGCCAUCGAGGAGGAUGCAGUGACUUAUGAUGAUGUACAUGUGAACUUCACUGGGGAAGAGUGGAAGUUGCUGGAUCCUUCCCAGAAGAGUCUCUACAAAGAUGUGAUGCUGGAGACCUACUGGAACCUCACUGUUAUAGGCUACACUUGGGAAACCCAUCAUAUUGAAGGACAUUGUCAAAGUUCGAGAAGAAAUGAAAGGUAUGUAAGUAAUCAUAGUGGAGAGAAACUCUAUGAAUGUAAUGAACGUUCUAAAGCCUUUUCAUGUCCCAGUCAUCGCCAAUGUCAUAAAAGAAGACAAAUUAGAGAGAAAAUACAUGAACAUAACCAAUGUGGUAAAGCCUUUCCAAUACCCAGUAAUCUUCAAUAUCAUAAAAGAACCCAUACUGGAGAGAAACCCUAUGAAUGUCAUCAAUGUGGUAAAGCUUUUACAAGUCACAGUGGUCUCCAAUAUCAUAAAAGAACACAUACUGGAGAGAAACCCUAUGAAUGUAAUCAAUGUGGUAAAGCCUUUGCACGUCACGGUCAUCUCCAAUGUCAUAAAAGAACACAUACUGGAGAGAAACCCUAUGAAUGUAAUCAAUGUGGUAAAGCCUUUUCUAUACACAGUAGUUUCCAACGUCAUAAAAGAAUACAUACUGGAGAGAAACCCUAUGAAUGUGAUCAAUGUGGUAAAGCCUUUGCACGUCACAGUGAUCUCCAAUUUCAUAAAAGAACACAUACUGGAGAGAAACCCUAUGAAUGUAAUCAAUGUGGUAAAGCCUUUGCACGUCACGGUCAUCUCCAAUGUCAUAAAAGAACACAUACUGGAGAGAAACCCUAUGAAUGUAAUCAAUGUGGUAAAGCCUUUGCACAACUCAGUAUUCUCCAACGUCAUAAAAGAACACAUACUGGAGAGAAACCCUAUGAAUGUAAUCAAUGUGGUAAAGCCUUUGCACGUCACAGUGAUCUCCAAUUUCAUAAAAGAACACAUACUGGAGAGAAACCCUAUGAAUGUAAUCAAUGUGGUAAAGCCUUUGCACGUCACGGUCAUCUCCAAUGUCAUAAAAGAACACAUACUGGAGAGAAACCCUAUGAAUGUAAUCAAUGUGGUAAAGCCUUUUCUAUACACAGUAGUUUCCAACGUCAUAAAAGAAUACAUACUGGAGAGAAACCCUAUGAAUGUGAUCAAUGUGGUAAAGCCUUUGCAGAACUCAGUCAUCUCCAAUGUCAUAAAAGAACACAUACUGGAGAGAAACCCUAUGAAUGUAAUCAAUGUGGUAAAGCCUUUGCACAAUUCAGUAAUCUCCAAUGUCAUAAAAGAACACAUAUUGGAGAGAAACUCUAUGAAUGUAGUCAAUGUGGAAAAGCCUUUGCACAAUUCCAUAAUCUCCAAUGUCAUAAAAGAACACAUAUUGGAGAGAAACCCUAUGAAUGUAAUCAAUGUGGUAAAGCCUUUGCACAAUUCAGUAGUCUCCAAUGUCAUAAAAGAACACAUACUGGAGAGAAACCCUAUGAAUGUAAUCAAUGUGUUAAAGCCUUUGCACAACUCAGUAGUCUCCAAUAUCAUAAAAGAACACAUUCUGGAGAGAAACCCUAUGAAUGUAAUCAAUGUGGUAAAGCCUUUGCACAACACAGUCAUCUCCAAUGUCAUAAAAGAACACAUACUGGAGAGAAACCCACAUCAUUGUGGGAAAGCAUUUGCACAUCACACUCAUCUCCAAUAUCAUAAAAGAACACAUACUGGAGAGAAACCCUAUGAAUGUGAUCAAUGUGGUAAAGCCUUUGCAAGA